CCAGCACAAUGUAGAUCCAGAAACACCAGAUUUUUUUUUAUUGCGUUUGUUCAAUGGUAUAACACCGUAGCGUGCAAGUCACAGAAAUCAUUACCACAAAAAUCUGACCAUCAAGUACGCGGUAAGACAUUUUAAUAAGCUGACCAUCAUGGCCAGAAUGUGCGCCGCCGUUUUCGUUUCUGCUUUGCUUUCGUGUCUGUGCACGAGCAGUUAUGUCGGCCUGACUGAUGCCGGUGUCCCAGCUAAUAGAGCUACACAGGACGUUGGCAUCAAAGCUGCGCCCCAACUUGCCGAGUUGUCGGCAUGUGCCACGGGGUUGAGUCUGUACCAGGGCGGACUGGACUACAACGGGUACGGGUGUUACUGCGGCAUAGGGGGCACUGGUAGCCCGCUGGAUGAAACGGACACUUGCUGUUACAUCCACGACAACUGCUACCUACAAAGUCCAUGUUCCUCCAGCCUCCUCUACUAUUCCAUUCCCUACAAAUGCAGCACAAGCGGAUGCAGAACUGACGAUGUCACCAUCACUUGCAGCGGAGCCUCGAGCUACCCGUGGUACUACGGGGGCGAGAAGGAUUGCGCCGAAGCAAUCUGCAACUGCGACCGAGCUUUUGCCUUCUGCCUCAAGGAGACACGGCCAACAUUCAACCCAGCUUAUCGCAACUGGAGUAACUCCAAAUGCUAGACAUUAGGGAUCAAUAAAAUGAUUGUUCCAAACAAUUUUAAUUCAUAUCGUACGCUAUUAAAAUUUGAAUGCACAAGGCACUUCGCGAAUCAGAUAAGCUUGUUUUGUUAGUAGAAAUAAAUUCACUCGAAAACCUUCCCUUGCCCUACUGUUGUAUACGCACCUUGGCUGCGUGUGGAAUGAAUAGCGCCCUCUGUUAUCUACUGACUAUUAUAAGUGGAACACGGUAUAGGUGCCCAAUAUAUUAUGCAGCCGUUGAUAAUUAGUUCUAAUCAUCAAGUAAAUAGAGUGUAGUUUAAUAAGAAAAGGAUUUCAAUGUCUUAAAGAAGAAGGUUUCCACACCGUGUUACUUACUCUAAUGCAUUACCUUUCGGGCUGUUAUAAACCUGUAUGUAAAAUGUGCAUCGCGUUGACUGUGUAGUAAAAGUUCCUUGAUAUUCUAAAAAUAAUGUAAAGGUGGAUGGUGAGACACGUAAUUCAUAUAUUGAAGACAUUUUACACAUUCUAGAUGUAGGCUUAACACUAAUUGCUAAGUGAGCUACGGCAGUGCCACCACCACCCUUUGUCAGUUUGUCUCUGUAAUCCUGUUUUCUUUAGCCUCUCAGCCUGAGUAAGUUUGGUCAUGCGCGAGAGUUACUAUAUGGUUAAACCGCAGUUUUAUUAAUCUGAAUUUGAAUGUUACACCUUGAAUCUAACACUCGGCAACGAGAACAAGUACAUUAAAGACUGUUUUACUCUUUAAGUAUAGGCGUAAAUAAAAUUCCAGCUUUGACCACGAAAGUGGUGAAAGGAA